AUGGGUUCCGAUGCUCAAAAUUUUGUUGUUUCCAAAAGUGUUUGCGUGAUUGGAGCAGGUUCAUCUGGGUUGGUAGCUGCAAGGGAGCUGAAAAAAGAAGGCCAUAACGUUGUUAUCCUCGAACAAAAGCAUGAUAUUGGUGGUCAAUGGCUUUAUGAUCCAAAUGUUGAAGAUGAAGAUCCAUUGGGAAAGGGUUUGUUUUUAAAGGUUCAUAGUAGUAUUUAUGCAUCUUUAAGAACAGAUUCUCCAAGAGAAAUCAUGGGUUUUCAUGAUUUUCCAUUUAUAGUUAAGGAAGGUGGAGAUUCUAGGAGAUUUCCAGGCCAUGGUGAAGUUCUUGAGUACUUGAGAGAUUUUUGUGAGUAUUUUGGGUUACGGGAUUUGAUUAGGUUUAAUACUCGAGUUGAAUAUGUUGGAAUGUUGAAUUAUAAGGGAAAUGGCAUUGAUCAUCAACCUAAAGAUGUUCAAGAAUUGAAAUGGAUAGUCAGGAGUGUCAAGGACAAAAAGAAUCACGACGGUGAUGACCGCGACGAUGACCGGAAGGCGGUGGCGGAGACGUUGGCGUCGGAAGAGGUGUUCGACGCGGUGGUUGUUGCCAACGGCCAUUAUUCUCAUCCUCGUUUGCCUAUCAUCAAAGGUAUGGAAGUAUGGAAUAGGAAGCAGAUGCACAGCCAUGUUUACAGAACUCCAGAUCCAUUUAGGAAUGAGGUGGUGGUGGUUGUUGGAAGUUCACUAAGUGGGCAAGAUAUAUCAAUGGAGCUUACAAAUGUUGCAAAGGAAGUACAUUUGAUUGCUAGAGAUUUGAUGAACGUUACAGAGGGAUUAUCCAAAGUUGUUUCCAAACGUAGUAAUCUUCACCUUUGUCCCAUGAUAGAAUCCAUACAUGAAGAUGGACGAGUUUCAUUUGUAGACGGGCAUUGUAUCACUGCAGAUACCAUCAUAUAUGCUACCGGGUAUUCAUAUACAUUUCCAUUUCUUGACACCAAAGGAAUAGUGUCGGUGGACGAUAAUAGGGUUGGCCCCCUUUAUGAGCAUACUUUCCCUCCUCUGCUUGCGCCAUCUCUUUCCUUCAUCGGCAUUCCCAAAAAGUUGAUUGGAUUCCCAUUCUUCGAGUCACAAGCAAAAUGGGUAGCCCAACUUCUCUCGGGAAAGAAAAAACUGCCAUCAUACGAGGAGAUGAUGAAAUCUAUCGAAGAGUUCUACCAUUCCUGUGAUUCUUCUGGCACUCCAAAGAACCAUACUCACACUGUCUGUUCUGAGUAUUGUGAUAAGUAUGCAGAUUUAGCAGAAGCACCAAGGCUUGAAGAUUGGAGGAAAGAUUUAUGCAAAUCCAGUGUGUUGAGGCAUAUAUCCGAUUUAGAGAAUUUUCGUGACUCGUAUGAUUAUGAGCACCCCAUGCUUCAACUGGCUUACCAAAGCCCUCAUUUCACACAGUUUAGAAAUUGA